AGAGGGGAAGGGGAUGGAUUGUUGACAAGAUCGUCCGGUCCUCUCACUCUCCCUGGUCAUACACCGUCAGCCGGGCCAAUCCACCUUUCACCAUGAAGUUCAACACGCUUAGUGGUAGUCUCACCCUUGCCUCGCUUGUCGGGUCUGCUCUGGGAGGUGCAGUCUAUACUAUCAGCGAGAAAGUUAUCGGCGAAGGCUUCUACGACUCCUUCGACUUCGAGGCUAUCACUGACCCCACCCACGGGCGUGUGAACUAUGUCAACCGAUCGACAGCACAGGAGCUCAACUUAACCUAUGCCACGAGCGACACCUUCAUCCUGCGCGGAGACGACACCACGGUUUUGAACUCCACCGGCCCAGGCCGGAAUUCGGUCAGGAUUCGGUCCCACCGCCUGUACACAGAGCACGUUGUUGUUUUCGAUAUACAACAUAUGCCAGAAGGAUGCGGAACAUGGCCCGCUAUCUGGGAAACCAAGGAAUCUACUUGGCCUGCCGAUGGUGAAGUCGAUAUCCUGGAGGGUGCAAACAAUGUGGUGCCCAACCAGUCAACACUCCACACUGGUCACAACUGUUCCAUGCCAAAUUCCACCGCCCAGUCAGGAACUACGCUGACAACCAACUGUGACGCUACAGUCGAUUACAAUGAGGGUUGUGCUGUGCAACUUACUGAAGAUCGUAACAGUUUUGGUCCAGGAUUCAACAACAUUGGCGGAGGAUGGUAUGCUAUGGAACGCACCCUAGACUAUAUCAAGGUUUGGUUCUGGGAAAGAUGCGACGAAUCGGCUCCCUUGGACGUCACCACCCGUGCAUGGAUCAUUGACACCGACCAAUGGGGAACUCCUAGCGCUUACUUCCCUAACAACACUCAAUGUGACCUUAAGUCUCAUUUUGGUAGCAACCACAUUAUCAUUAAUCUCACAUUCUGCGGCGAUUGGGCAGGCAACUCGGCUCUCUACAAUGCUUCUGGAUGCCCAUUAGACUGCGUAACUUACGUCGACAAGAACCCUACCGCGUUCACAGACGCCUACUUCCAGAUCUCGUCCAUGAUUGUCUACAUGUAGAUGUCGCAGGAAAGGCCGUCACAUAUCGCCCCACACCCCCGCUCGGCAUUCCUGAGAGGAAAUAGGUCAAAUCUACAUUAAUAUUGUCAUGGUAUAGCACAUAGAGGAUGGUGCCGUAACUACGUAAUAUAGCACCGAGGAAGGCAGAAGCCAAUGCAGGUACGUUUGGUCUCGUCAGCAAAAUCUUGUAAUGACGUUAGCACCGUCUACUUGGAGCUCAGCAUCGCGAUCACAAAAGAGGCUCUACAUUCUGAGAUCACUGCAGUAAAUCAAAUGUACAAACGAU